AUUUCCCUCCAUCAGCACCAUGGACCAACAACAAGCUCCGACUCCCAAUCCCAGUACCGCUUCCACUGCCUCCGCAAGUUCACAGCCCGCAGAACCACCGAAGCACCCACCACAGCCACAACAGCAACAGCAGCAGCAGCAACCACUCUCCUCCACGAACGUAUCCCCUAUCACAAACCCUAACCCUCUAUCGAAGCCCUCGACUCCACUGAUCUCCCAACCUCAGCAACCUCAAUCAAUACAGUCACAGUCUCAACCCCGGCCACACUCUUUCCCUCGAACCUUGCCGCAACAACGACCUCACAUCCAGCAUUUCUCUUCCCCUCACUCGUCCCUCCCUUCUCCCUCUCCUUCCACGCCCACCCAACCCUCUCCGGCGAUUUCUGCACCGCUCAGUCAAAGAGGCGGCAUGGCCAUUGGUGUGCCAGCACAGCGCCCUGUCUCUUCUCCGCAGCCCGUACAACCGUUCUCUUCUAUUGGACAUCAGUAUGGCGGAUUGGCGAAUUCAAGCAGUUCGCAGGUUAGACCACCGGUGCAAGGAAUGGGGAUGAUGGGUUCACUUGGUUCAAGUUCACAAAUGCGGCCAGGUGCGAUCUCUGGGCAUCAUCAACAAAGACCAGUCCAAUCAUCUCUUCGAUCACCAUCAUCACCAAAUAAUCAGUCCACUGCUUCUCAAAAUUUCCAAGGACCUGGGUUUACAAGAGUCUCUACUGUCGGUUCUCCAGCAUCAAAUACGUUGCAAAAUGUGCCUUCCCUUAAUCAGCCGUGGUUGUCAGGACCACAGGGAAAGCCUCCGUUGCCAAACCAUUCGUAUAGAGCACCGGCAACUGCAACUUCCUUGCAGCAAAGGUCACAUAUCCCUCGGCAACACCAUCCCUCGCCAACAUCUUCUCAGCAACAUCAUGUGUCAUCUGGGCAGUCACAACAGCCUUUACCAUCAGGAACAUCACAUCAGCCUCAGGAGCAUUUUGUGCAACAAUUUCCAUCAUCAAGGGCUCCACAGUCCUCACCCCAUCAACAGCCAAUUGCAAGGGUACAGGGUUCAGGGAGUCAGAAGCCUUCCUCUCUUGCAGUACUACAGCCUAACACAAUCCAGGCAGGCAACCUGGCUCAGUCCAGAACGACUAGUGCCGAAAGUGAUGAAUCUGGUAGUCGGAUACUUAGCAAAAGAAGCAUUCACGAGCUGGUUAACCAGAUUGAUCCAUUGGAGAGGUUGGAUGCUGAAGUUGAAAACAUUCUUGUGGAUAUAGCAGACGACUUUGUUGAGUCUAUUACAACAUUUGGUUGUUCGUUAGCCAAGCAUCGAAAAUCUGAUACCCUCGAAGCAAAAGACAUACUUGUACACCUUGAAAGAAAUUGGAACAUAACACUGCCAGGCUUCAGUGGAGAUGAAAUUAAGACUUACAAAAAACCAUCGACAAAUGAUAUUCACAAGGAGCGGCUUGCUGUUAUAAAGAAGUCUAUCACUGUAUCUGAAGUAGCGAAUGCUAGAAACUCUGCUGGACAAACUGCUGCAAAUGCAAAGGGUAACCUAGCAAAGGCACCUGGCAAUUCCAUGGUCUCCCCAAACUUCAAAACACGUGAAGUUGCUUAAGGUCUAACUUCUUGAGGAAAGAACUUGAAGGAAGUAUCAUCUAAUUAUCUUGUCAAUCUUAUUGCAAAAGAUUAUUUGCUCUGCCACCAAUUCAAGGGCACUGGAAAUACGAGUUGAAAGAGGUGAUGCUUUUACUACUCAUGAACCAUUUUUCUGUGACAGCACAGCAGGAUGUUUACCGACGGGCAAAACUCAUACCAGGUGUCUGCUUUCAGAGCUACGAUAGAUGGCCAUUGCAUACAUGGUUUAUGCAAAUUUUGUGUAAAUGUUAUACUGCAGUCUGGUUAACUUAGCGUUAACGGGAAUAUGGCAAAGAAAGAAAAGUAGGAACAUGGGUUUUAUAUUCUGAUGAUUUUAUUUUCAUAUAACUCGAAAGUUUUGUAUGUUAAGUUUUUCUAAUUUUAAGGCAGAUGCAGUUUCGAACGUAAAUUAAGGGUAGAAUUUGGGUUA